CCGGAGCCAUUACUUCACACUACUGUGUAGUGCACCUACGUAGGCAGUAGUGAGUCGUUUGCCCCACUGUCAGUCCAGGGUUAUUUUAGGUUUUUGCAUAUGAACAGCGACGUCAGUGCAGGAGUAGAUCUCCAGCCAUGAGGACAGCAGAGGAGAUAUGGCGUGUUUUGUUACCUGAUGUCUUACAGGUCAGUGCGAAUUCCAGAAAGCCUCUAGAGAUCCUGGCUUCAUGCUGACUGAGGAGUGUUAGACCGCAGUGAUGCUCUCCACAGAGACUGGCCGAGAGCUCCAGAGUAAAGAGCGAAAACACAAGAGCAAUCUGAGCAAACAGCUGGCCAGUGCCCUGUCCUCAGACCUGCACAGGCUGUUGCAGGAGGAGCAGGAGACGGAUGUGAGUGUGUGUCUGAGCUCAGGUUUCCGGCUCAGGGCCCAUAAGGCUGUGCUGCUGGCUCGAGCUCCUCACCUCCUCCAGGGAACCGCACCAAAUGCUUCCAUCAUCAACCUGCAGGGAACGGAACCUAGUGCACUCAAAGAGCUCAUUCGGAGAGUUUACACAGAUGAUAAGUGCAUGGGGAAGGGGUCUGCCGCCUCCGCUGGACUGCAUGCCCACUCACUGCUAACUAACGGUGCUGUGGUGGAGGAGGAUGGAGAGUUUCAUGCUAGUGCAGAGCCAGACUCAGUACAUUUAGAGCCAGCCUCUGGGCUUGGUGCUGAUCUUUUGGCCCUGUAUGAACGAGGUGAAUCCUGUGAUAUCAGCAUCCAGGUGGGAGACAGAGUCUUCUCAGCUCACAGGGCAAUUCUUUGCGCUCGCUCUCAGUAUUUUCGAGCAAUGUUGUGUGGCAGCUGGAUGGAAAGCUCACGCCAAUGCAUCACACUACAGGGACUGGGCCCCGAUGAAAUGGAGGUUCUUCUGCACUUUAUGUAUGGAGCCAUACUGGACCUUCCACCAGGGAGCAAUGUCAGUCAGGUUGUCUUGGCAGCGGACAUGUUGGGUCUGGAGGGACUGAAGGACGUGGCCGAAAUGGUUCUGACCAGAGACUAUUGCAGGUUCUUCCCCAAGCCUGUUGAAGGAGUGCAGAGGAGCAUACUCGAGUGCCUUGCCAUCAGCCAUUCCAUUGGCCUCCACAAUCUCUACAGCUCAUGUGUCAGAUGGGUAGCUGAGCAUUUUGUAAAGUGCUGGUCGGAGAGGAGCUUUUCUAUGCUUCCUCCUGAGCUACAGAGAGACUGCUUUAACACUGUCAAUAAAAACAUGACAGUGCAGACUUCAGUGUCAGUGCUGUGUGGUACUGAGCAGCUGAUUGGCUCUUUGCCUGAGGUGAAAUGGGCGAAGCAGGUUGUGUCUUUGGCCACCGAGUUGCAGGAGCAUUGUUUACACACCAUUGUCGCACAUCUACCCCGAAUAAUACACACCACGGCCUUCCACAGCCUCCGCAGGAGGGAGGAGUUUACACAUGAUCCCACACUGCUGAAGAAGGUGUGUGUAGCUGUGUGGGAAGGCGUGACUGUGGAGAACUGCUGUGAACUCUUCAGCGCGGUGGACCAACUGAGCGGACACUCCGAAACGGACAUGCUGACAGCAGAAUCAGCCAAUCAGAUGCAAGAGAACAUGGAGCCUUUCAGACGCGAGGUGUGUUUGCUGCGUGCACGUCUCUGGACCUUUCUGCUUCAGUCAUUCUUUGCAGUGAGACACACGAGAGGAUGGGAAACGCUGCAUCCCAGACACCGGGAACAGAUACUCGCAGCUACUCUUGAUACCGGAGACUGCAGAAGACUGAGUAAAAAGCCUGUCCUAACCAGCUCUCAGGUAAUCAGCCAUAAGCUUGGGAAAUGUCCAUCAGGCUCAUCCUCACCGUGUGAGAGUCCUCCGACCUCUCGGCCUCUGAAGGCCCACAGGGGCCUACGUCCCUCUACUGAAAGCACUGUAGCAGCCACGAGUGCCAUGAAGUCCGAUGGUCUGGGCCCAACAGCUGCCACAAAAACCAAACCUGGCACUGCUGACUCAAGCCGGGCCAAAACCAGCAGUCCGGCUAAGAAGAAACCAACCUCCACCACUAAAGCUGUGCUGAACGGCAGUGUUGGCCCCACGGUACGCAGAGAAAACUCUACUGCUAAUGGCACAUCAGGCAAAUCACCCCAGGAAAAAAGUGUGGCACCACGUGCCAGGCCAAAAUCUGCCACCACUGCAGUGACUGGGGCAACAAGUAAAGCUAAAGCAAGCAAAACCACAGUGUCGGGGAAAGACUCUACUCACGGCUCCACCUCUGACAGCCCUGGAAAUGCUCAGUGUUCCCAAACCACACCUUCUACAUCAGGCAGCGUCUCACCAGAGAGCAGUGUUAGCAGUCCCCGGAACACCAGCGGCCAAGCACUCAGGCCAAAACCCCAAGCCAUGGCAUCAACAAGAUCUCCUCUGACCAAACCUGUCCAGAAACCAGAGAAGGACAAGACUAAUAGCCCCAUUAAUAAAGCAAACAAACCCAAGAGCACAGUGAGCAGCAAAACAAGCACCAGUGUGGGGGCUGCAGCUCGUACCGAGCCAAAGAGCAAGAGCGCUGCUUCAGGCUCUUUAGAGAACAACGCUUCACCAAGGCCUGGUUCAGUCGUGACCAGAAAGCCUUCCUCUCCCAGGAAAGAGGAUGAAAAAGAUGGUUCUAAACAUUCAACCGCAAAGAAACCAACAAAACCAAGCACAGAUUCAAAACCAAACACCAAACCAGCCAAGCCCACAGUAUCAUCAUCUAAAGCAUCUCCAGCUGCUACAACUAAAAGUGGACCCAAUAGGAAAGUUCCAGAAACAUCAGCGGCAAAAUCUUCUCCCAAAUCUGUGACGCCAUCCAAACAUUCCUCACUUGCUGCCUCCAAAAAGCCAUCUGCUGCAGACAAGCAUUCAGCAUCUAACCCAAAACACUCAGUGGCCCCCCAGCAGACAGAUGUUACUACAAAGGAAGUGAAGGCUCAGGCAGUACGACAGGAAGUGAGGUCGACUCCAGACCAGAGCCCCAAAGCCCCUGUGUCAGCUGGCAGAAAUUUGAAUGUUGGCACGAGUCUACCUGAGAAGAGAUGUACAGUUCAGGAUUCUGUACCCCAAACUGCUAAGGUAGCCUCCACUGAUAAGAAAAACACCAGUCCACCUGGUGAAGCCAGCAGUUCUGACAAGAAACACACAACAGAACAGAAAGCACCACAAAGCCGCAUGACUACAGACAGUGUAAACAGUGAGGUUGGUGGAAGUAAAGUUCCUCCAGGUCAAACCAUUCUUCCUCAUUUCAACACUGGAGCUACACAUGGAAUCACCUCCCAGAAUCACUCCAGAGAGUCAGACCUUCCCCCUGACACACCAUGCAGCCUGGGAAGCACAGACACCCCGCUGGAGGACUCGUGGAGUGGGAUCCACCCACAAGUCAGUCCUGAAUCGGAGACAGCCAGUGCCACUACAUCCUCGGAUGACAUCAAGCCACGCUCGGAAGAUUAUGACGCUGGUGGCUCGCAGGAUGAUGACUGCUGCUCACAUGAGCGUGGUGCAACUAAAUGUGGGACGAUGCGAUGCCCUGACUUCUUAGGCCGCAGCAGCAGUGACACCAGCACUCCAGAGGAGCUUAAGAUAUACGAAGGAGGGGCUGGGAUGCGAGUAGAGGUGCGGCUAAGGGGCCGUGACGCAGAGACUACAAGCGAGGAAGAGGCAGGACGUCGGAGGCCACAGUCAUGGAUAAGACACGAAGAGGUUCCUGUAAAGGAGGAGCCGUGCAAGAUUGACGACACCUUAACAAAUGUGAAGAGUGUUCCAGAACACCAGCUCUUCUCUUCUGAAGAAGAAGAGGAGGAUGAGGAAGAAGAUUCUGAAGAGGAAAGGUCUGAAGUGGAAGUUUUGCCUGGUGGCAUUGCACCUCCUCAUGCAGAGCCUUCGCCACAGUACCAGGGCAUCGUCAACCCGGCGUUUGAAGACGCAGCUGAUCAAGAGAAUGAGCAUGAAUACCAGCCUUCUUCCACUUUCCACCGCUCAGUUCUGCUCUCGGUGGAUGAGUGCGAGGAGCUGGGAUCAGAAGAGGUUGGAAAUGGUGAGGUUUUUGAGAGUGACGUGCCCAUCCAGGCCAAAUCCUGUUCCCAGAAACCCGCCAGCACAACAAAUGACAGCCUUCAGAAUCCAGACCCUAAGUCCCUGGUGUUCCGUACAGAGGUCCACGAAUCUCCCGUCCGGGACACAUGUGUGCUUAAUCAGUCAGGCCCUUCUCAGCUAGAUACAGACUUAACCGAAGUCCAUCCUCAGGAACGACCCAGUCACCUGGACCUGCAGCUGGCCGAGCAGUAUGGCAGCUCGCAGUCUAAGCAUGCAGAGAGCAAGAGAGCAGAAUUAUGGCUAGACAUACCCGAGGCUCAGGUGACUACGAGCUCACCUGCACACCCUUCCCAGUCCCCAUCAGGGGACAUUGAGGGUUGUGAGAGAUUGGAUCAAAGCUGUACACAUGACCGGCGCCCAUCUAAAGUCCUGUCCCCCAUUUACGAGAUGGACGUGGGAGAGGCAUUCGAGCAAAGCUUGGACACGAACAGGACCAAGAAAGAACCUCAGGACGAGACUCGUAAGGACAAAGAGGGGAUGGAAGAGAAAAAGGCGGACAACGGAGAGGAGGAUCAGAACACUAAGUUUGCGGAACGAGACUGGAGCUUGCUGCGGCAGCUCCUAUCUGAGCAGGAGUCCAGUCUGGGCGUGAUCAACCCAGUCCCUGAAGACCUGAACUUGGCUCAGUAUUUGAUCAAGCAGACGCUGUCCCUGUCUCGGGACUGUGUGAACGAGCAGGCCUUUAUUCAUCAUGAGAAAGAUAUUCAAAGUUUCAAGCGCUGGGCUGAGCUCAUCUCUCCAAUGGAGGACUCGACCACCAGCAUCACUGUGACUAGCUUCUCUCCGGAGGAUGCUGCCUCUCCACAGGGAGAGUGGACCAUCGUGGAGCUAGAAACGCACCACUGAUGAGGAUGAACGUACUUUUGUUGUAGGCCAUUUUGGAGUACUGCAUUUUCUUCCCUCUAUGCUGACACUUGGAUGUUUCUACUUCUUUCUAAGGGACGGCAGGUAACCUUUUUCGGCUGCAUAUUAACUUAUUUUGCUUAAAACUAUGUCUUCUAAAGGUACUUAACAAGGAGUGGACUUGAUGUUGAUUUGCAUGUGGACAUUUUUUUGUAUGUUCUACUGUUUCACUUGGUGUCGCUUUGAUCUUUGUUGAAAACGAAAAAAUGUAUACCUGUUGCACUUUCAGUUAAACGAUUGUUAGACAAUGGCUUUGAAAAAGGAUUUAGUAUAUGUAGUAAGUAUGGUGCUUUACAUCCAUUGUUCUAUGUUAAUAAAAUGUGUGGUUAUA